CACGAAAUUCGUCAGUCAUUUUUCAAUUGGUCCUUGUUAACCAUGGCGGCAUUUGAAUCUGUCGAGACACCGACGGCCGCCGUGUCGCAAGUCAACUUGUCCCCCGAACCCCCUGUGAAGCGCAACCGCAUCAAGGAAUUCUACUUUGGCAUCCCUGGUAUUCUCACCGGUGCCAUCCUCGGGGUUGCCCUUGGGGCGCUCCUCCAUUCGACGUCGCCCAGCAAGGAAGUUGUGUCUUGGAUUGGGGUUCCCGGCUCCCUCUUCAUCCGCGCGGUCAAGUGUUUGGUCACUCCGCUGGUGUUUUGCAGCUUGCUCGUGGGCAUGGCGGACAUGUUGGCCGUGGGCAAGGCGUCCCGCAUUGGCUGGCGAACGACUUUGCUGUACCUCGCAACCACGAUGAUUGGGGCGGUCGAAGGCCUCUUGUGGGUGUUGAUCUUCCGCUCUAGCUUUGGCAACAAGUCCAAGAGCAUUGAAGUCAAGCUCACCGAGUUUGCUUUUGCCUGCGAAGAACCCGGCCAUUUCCUCACGCAUGUCGGUGCCAACGUCUCUUGCGUGUACGAUGAAACCUACAACAAGACCAGCAAAUUUUCUCCAUCGUCUGUGUUUGUCGCCAACGACAUCCACGACAGUUUUGCCAAGAGGAACACAGAAUUCACUCGCCGCACCCUCUCCCAGGCCUUCCAAGGACAACUCGAUGCGAUCGUACCGUCCAACAUCACGCAAGCGUUCGCGGACGCCACGUUGCUGUCCAUUAUCAUGUUUGCCAUCCCGUUUGGCGUGGCCAUUGCGCUCCUUCCCCGUGACGUGACGGUGGUUGCAACGUUCUUCCGCUCCAUCAAUAUCGUGUUUAUGACGAUGAUCAUGUGGGUGAUUGCGAGUACCCCCAUCGCCCUCAUUUCCCUCUUGGGGGCGUCCAUCGCUAAACAAUCCGACUUGAAGCUGCUCGUGUCGGACGUCGGUCUGUACGUGCUCUGCGCGCUCCUCAGUCUGUUCGUCCACACCUACGUGUUCUACCCCUUGUUCCUGCGCGCUUUCGUCAAGGGCAACCCGUACUCGUGGAUCAACAAGAUGGCCCGCGCCCAAACUUUUGCAUUCGCGUCUUCGUCGUCCAUGGCCACGCUUCCCGUGGUCAUGGAGUGCAUUGACGCGACCCGCGAGGUGACGCAAACCCUGUCGCGUUUUGUCUUGUCCCUUGGUGCGACCAUUGGCAUGGACGGAGCGUCUCUUGUGUACCCUAUCGCGAUUGUGUUCAUGGCGGAAGCUGAAGGCAUUGGCCACAUCGUUGGCGCGGCCGAGUACUUUUUGAUCAUCCUUGUUUCUACCAUCGGUGCCGUGGGCGCUGGCCCAGUGCCGUCGGCUGGCGCCGUCAUGAUCAUCACCAUUUGGAGCAGUGUGUUCCCCAGCGUGCCCCUGCCUUCUACCUUUGCGUUCGUCGUCGCCACGGAUUGGUUCAUUGACCGGUUCCAAACCUCCGUCAACGUCACGUGCGACACGAUCGUGUGCCGCAUCUUGGCCGAACAACUCGGCGAAACCAUCAAAGAAGAGGACCGCGCUAGUCUGGUGUCUGCUGUCGACGACUUGACGACCCACAAGCCUGAACUCCGAAAGGCCAUUGACUCGUCCACCGCCCGCGAAUAAAUGCUGUCUAUAAAUACAUAGUAAUAAAUGUACUUUUCAAGUAACU